AUGGCGUCAUUAUAUGUCUCCGCAACAGGGCUACUGUGCAUCAUGUGUGAACCGGGAACUUAUAAAGAAAAGGAUUGCGUUAUUAAUAUGACGACAGCGACGUGUGCUGAGUGUCCUGAAGGGACCUUCCAAAAGAUGACCAAUGAUGCAGAAUAUUGUGCCAAUUGUUUGAGGUUCUGUGCUGAUAAAAAUCAGGUUAUAUUAGAACCAUGUACCAAAACUUCUGACACAAAGUGUCGAUGUAGGGAUGGGUUUUAUUUUAAAACCCAGUCUGCCGACGGCACGGGGGGAUAUUGUUUUGAAAACAAUACUGAACAAAUGAUAUCAACAGAGAUCCCGAUAACGAGGAAAAACGUGACAAUAUGUGGAAAUAACUCUAUAUUUCCAUUUUGCAACAAUGGAAGGGGAAUUUUAAAUAGUCAGACAGAGGAGGAGUAUAAUGCCUUAGAAAGGGUAGUAAUCACGGUCGUUCCUGUAAUCUCAUUGCUUGCUUCCCUUGUAGGAUUUUUGUUCCUUAUUGUGUACUACACUAGAAAUUCGGUAUACAGAACACCACGUUUAAAAAUUCCAGAGGGGAUCCGAGAACCAUUGCGUGACGAAGAAUGGAGAAUUCUUAACCUGUUCGUUGCUACCCAGGCGUUCGUCAAAAAAUACAAAACAUUUCUGCGACAAGUGUUCGAAUUGUCUGGGGAAUAUGAAAACAUUGACAGUAUCAUAUGGAUGCAUGAAUCGAACCAUCCAAACAACAAAACGGAAGUAGUCUUCGAAUCGCUACAAACUUGGCGCCAAAAGCUCAAUCGGAAGGCCUCUGUUGAUGUUAUUUGUGCUGCGUUGUCUAGAGCUGGGUGUAAAAAGCGAGUUGUGCAGAUGGUUCUUGAUAAACAUAAAGAAAUAGUGGAUUCUCGUGUAAAACCGCCUGCUUUGAGGAGAUCGCAGAGUUGCACAGAAGGUUGUUUGUUAGAGACUGCAGGGCCUAUAGCGGGUAAAUCUGUUGUAGAAAUGUCUGCUUAUAUAUAAGGAAUACAAUACUUUCCUCUGGUACUGAUUUGUGGUUGUUUAAAUGGACCUUUGAGUUUUAAUACUGUCCUUCUCCAUAUAUUUCAUGCUACAUGUUUUAAGGAAAUGGUUUUUGUCUAUAUUUCUAUCAUUGCAAUCGAGCAGUUCAAUUGUCAGACCUCUGAAUGCAAUUAUG